AUGGCGGACGUGAGCGAUCCCAGCGAGCUGUUCGACCUGGAGCUGCACGACCUGGAACUGCAGGACGACAAGGCCAGGGACUCCGACGACGACAGGAUCGAGCUGGACGACGUUGACCUAGAACCGGAAUUGUGUAUUAAUCUGCACCAAGACACUGAGGGCCAGGAGACCAUACAGCUCUGCGAGGAGAAUGUUAAUCCAGGUAAAAUCAAGCUGGGACCCAAGGACUUUGAGCUCAAGAAGGUCCUUGGCAAAGGCGGUUAUGGCAAAGUAUUUCAGGUGCGCAAGACCGCUGGACGAGAUGCCAACAAAUAUUUUGCCAUGAAGGUGCUCAAAAAGGCAUCCAUUGUGACCAAUCAAAAGGACACAGCACACACCCGCGCCGAGCGCAAUAUACUCGAGGCAGUCAAGCAUCCCUUCAUAGUGGAGCUAGUUUAUGCCUUCCAGACAGACGGAAAACUAUACCUUAUACUUGAAUAUCUCAGCGGCGGAGAGCUGUUCAUGCAUUUGGAGCGCGAAGGCAUCUUCUUGGAGGAUACCACAUGCUUCUAUCUAAGCGAAAUCAUUUUGGCCUUGGGCCAUCUACACAAACUGGGCAUCAUCUACCGCGAUCUGAAGCCCGAGAACAUACUGCUCGAUGCACAGGGACACGUGAAGCUCACGGACUUCGGACUGUGCAAGGAGCACAUACAAGAGGGUAUUGUCACCCACACCUUCUGCGGCACAAUUGAGUACAUGGCACCUGAAAUCUUGACCAGAAGUGGCCAUGGCAAAGCAGUCGACUGGUGGUCACUGGGCGCUCUCAUGUUUGACAUGCUCACAGGAGUCCCACCAUUCACCGCCGAGAAUCGCAAGAAGACCAUCGAGACCAUUCUGAAAGCCAAGCUCAAUCUGCCAGCCUACCUCACACCGGAAGCCAGGGAUCUGGUGCGUCGCCUGAUGAAACGGCAGGAACCUCAGCGCCUUGGCAGCGGACCCGAGGAUGCGGCGGCUGUCCAAAUACACCCAUUCUUCAAGCACGUCAACUGGGACGAUGUGCUCGCCAGACGACUCGAACCGCCUAUAAAACCGCUCUUGAGAAGCGAGGACGAUGUCUCACAGUUCGAUACAAGAUUCACAAGACAAAUUCCAGUGGAUUCACCUGAUGAUACGACGCUAAGCGAAAGUGCCAAUUUAAUUUUCCAAGGUUUCACCUACGUUGCACCCUCGAUACUGGAGGACAUGCAUCGGGCCAACCGGAUGCCGGCACGAUCCCCACGACGCACUCCUCGCCAGCUGCCGGACAGCAGCUUCCGCCUACAGUUCCCAUCGGCCAAUGUGGGCGCCAAUGCGCCGUUGUCCAUGCACGGUCAUUCGCAGCGAUCCGGGAUGUUUGCACGGGCCACGCCGCCGCAUCACAUGCAGACAUUCGCGCCGCGUCCCUCGCCGGCGCAGGACGAGAUGAUGGACGUGCAGGGUCUGCCGAUGGUCUAAAGGCUGGAGCGAUUGCUUCCCAACCAACCAACCCAUCCCAUCCCGUCCCGUUCCGUCGCAACCCAGCAACUGCAUCAUAAGCUUCCUCUCCCUACCCCGAAAAAAAAACAGCAAAAGAUUACAGAAAUUGACAGUUACUAUUAUGACGUAUGUGGAGUGUGAACUUGGUUAAGGAUACGGAAUGAGCAGAACGAUCAUCAGGAGGUGGCAGAGGAGGAGGAGGAGGCUGAGCAGCACGAGGAGCACAUGACCUCAGUGCGCGAAAUUGUUUUUGUUAAAGAGAAGCGCGCUCGGAUCGCGCUUUUCGAUGUUUAUGAUUAUGAUUAUGAGGCAGACGGAGAAGAUGAUUGUGCUACGCGAAGGAAAGCGUUCGUUUUUUGGAUACACCUAGAUACUACAGUUAGAGACAUCCACAUAAGCAUAUGCUAUAGCAAUUACUAUAUACAUACACCUAGAGAGAUGGUACCCGACCCGGAUCCCCAGCCCCAAAACCUAUCCGUGUUUAUGUAUAAAGAUUAUACUUACACUUAUGUUUUAUAUAGGCAAAAAGGUUUACACAACUUAGUUCAAAUGUACACGCAACACUUUAUUUCAUUUUACACUUAUUUAACGCCAAUCGAAACAGACAGCAGCAGACCAUUAAUAUCGCGAAAAAGUUCUGUUCUUGCGAGAUAGCUCUACAUAGAAAUCUACACGCACUGAUCGGGUGUAAUAACUCCGGCUAGAAGCGUCGCGUUCUUCACAGCCUAUUUUUUAUUGUUGUCGAAGAGUUUUCCAAUUGUUUUUGUCAUUUCGAACACCUACGGUAGGCAUAUAGUGACGUUAGUUUUUAGGGACAACUGCAGCGUAGCCAACAACACAAACUUAAAUGAAUUGUAAAUUAUAAACUAAACUAGAGCAUUACAGAGUAAACUAUAAUAUAUAUAAAAUAAAGUCUAUAACGUAAAGUAAAGGUUUCCCAGCUCGAUUAUAAGGAGUGGCCCAAAACUCCAUUGGGCCAAACUCCAAACUUGCUCGCAUAGCCAAUUUGUAUUCAAUGACCUACCCCCCGAGGAACUCCGCCUCUGUUUUUAGUCAGCUCCAUGCAAUUGGUCUAAUUCGAUUCGAUUUGAGUUGCAUUUCUGGAUUCAAGCUAAUAGAAUGGAACAAGUAAAUACCGCGUACUGAGAAGCUAAACGCUGCCACCACAAAAACAAAAAAAAAAAACAGAAAUAAAACCCGAAACAAAAUGGGUAGAUAUGCGAAAUGUAUACAAUCGAUUAACUUACUUUGUUUAUAUUCCGUUUCAGUUUGCAAUCUGAAUCAUGUUUUUUGUAUUUGCCUAAGGAAUGAGAGAAUGCUCAUUUAUCAUUUAUUUCUACAGAAAUAAAAAAUUAAGAUGUCAAAUAUAAUCAAAAGGUGCUUUGAAUUGUUUAAAAAGACAAGACAACUACAGAUUAAAAACGGAAACCGAAAUAAAACGGAAUAGGAAACAUGAGAAACUAUGAAAAACGAAAGCGACUAAAGCCUAAAACUAAAAACGGUUAUGUGUAUAAAGAAUAUUUAUAUAAACAAAAAAUAAAUACCUCAGAAGCAAUUAUUUUUGUUACAAGCAGCUAAAAAAAGUGUGCGAUGCAAAUAAAGAACUUAAUAAAACGAUAAACUACCAACUAAAGUACAUAAAGAAGAAACUAUUAAAAAAUAAAUCGAGAAAUUAGGAAACAGAA